CCCGGUCCUACUGAGUUUUAUAUUUUAUGCUAGACGCCUUAAUGUUAUCAGAAAAAAGGGAAGGGAUAUCACGAGCAACUACCUUGAAGCGAGUCUAUGUUCUUGAAACAAAGCCUAGUGGACGACUAGCACGAGACCUUUCUACUACUUUCUACGCUCCACGAGAGAAACGAGGAGAUUGUACUGUGUAGUGUCGUUGUGAACGAGUUUAUAAUAUACAUGGCUGCACGCUUGAAACUUGGUCGGUUGAGGCGGGAACGGUGGAGAAAGGAGUCAAGUGUAUCAAAGAGCGCGCAUUCCACGCACUCCGAAGAAAGUGGAACGAUUCAUGAACUCAGUGUUGUGAGUGCUAAAAACUUUGAUGACAGCUAUUUUGAAAAAUUCAAUUCACUGGACUGGAGUAAAAAACAGGCUGAAAACCACAACAUCAAGGACACAGUCACUGAUGACAACCUCAAUUACUCAGAGGAAGGUGACCAAAGUGAGGCAGAGGUGUUAUCAUCUGUUGAAGCUGAACCUGCAUUAAAUGACAAACAGCGAGGUGCCUUAUACUGUGAACUAUUGUAUACUGUCAUACACCAGCUUGGAGCAAAUGACAAAACAUCCUCUCUCACCCCUGGAGAUUUAUUUGUAUAUGCUCAGGAGGCCCUAAAAAUAUCUGAAGAGACUCAUCGAAUGCUUUAUGCCAAGACUAAAGAAAGAGAACCUCCAACGAGUGUGAUAAAAGUUGAAGUUGUUGAGGCCAGACAUCUGGAGGCAAAAGAUGCAGAUGGUUUGAGUGAUCCCUACUGCAUGCUAGGGUUGAUGACAGAUGAUAAGGAAGAGGAGCAAACAAAGAAUAUCAAAACGCAUCGUAAGAAGUCUAAGAGCACAAUUCGAGAUGUUCUUGAUGGGGAGUCUAUGCACAUGACAACAGUGAAAGAAAACACUUUAAAUCCAGUAUGGAAUGAAACGUUCAUGAUGACGGUCACUAACUCAAAAAAAGAAAAACUACACCUUGACAUUUGGGACUGUGACGACAAGGCAUUACUUAAGGAAGAAGACUGUAAACUUUCAAAAAUUAAAGGGAUCUCUGGAAUGGGAAGAUUUUUCAAAGAUGUCAUGCAGUCAGCUCGAAAAUCAGGGGAGGAUGGCAAUACUGAUGAUUUUCUUGGAUACAUUGAAAUACCAAUUAAGGAAAUUCCAGCUUCUGGCAUUGAUAAGUGGUUCAAGCUUGAAGGGCGUUCUUCAAAAUCUCAUGUGGAUGGUCACUGUCAUCUUAAAAUUACCCUUACUACUGGAAAGAAACCAGAUAUUCCAUAUGAAAUCAAGUAUCUUUAUCCAACAACCCUGGAUAUCCAUGGUGCUCUUUUAAGAGAAUUUAUUCAUUAUGGCUGUGAACACUGCCAGGACACUGACAGCAAAAGAAAUUCAAUUGAGCUCUGUCCACAAGCAGAGUUCAUUCUUAGUCAACAUGCUCUACAGAAUGAGUUAAACGAACUUCAACAAGUCAGCAUUCGCUGGAUGCUUUUCAGUCACCAUCACUGGCUGGAGCCAAUGAAGUACAGAUCGUUAAACGUAUUGGUGUGCACUCUACAGAAGGAAUGGAAGACUAGAGCACUUAGCCAAGGAGAGGAACAUUCACUGGUCAGGUCGUUGAAGAAAUUCACAGAUAAAUGUUGGAGGUUAUUAAUAAAAUAUCGAGACGUUUUUCCUGCCACAGAUAAAGGAAAGCUCAGUCGCUUAAUAAACUUACUGGAGUGUCUUUCAAAUUUAUACAAGCUCGAAGUUUUCAAGAAUUCAAUAAAAGAACCAUUGGAUGUUCAAAUGUCAAAUCUUCUUAAGGAAUCAGCCCUUGCUUGGUACAAGAAAGUAUAUGCAUGGAAGGAGCCUCAGACAAAGAACGAAGAGGCUAUGUUAUCAGCUAUGGUGGAUGUUGCCGAGUCCCUAGUAACGGACAUGUUUCAAGCCAAGGCCUGUUACAGAAAGAUAUUCGCAGUAACGGGAGUAAAGUAUUUCACUACAGUUUACAACCAGUUGGAACUAAUGCUUGCAUCUGAUGUUCACAACACCAUGAGGAAUGUCAACAAGCGUCUUAAACAGGAAGGUGGCGCUGACAUUGUUGGAGAGAAGCUGUUUUCAUUAUAUUUGGCCGUGAAGGAAGUUAUUAGUUACCGGACCAUAGGAGAAUCAGAGCCAGACCAUGUGUAUGCCCUGGAUGACUAUCAUGGGUGGUUCAAACAGUCUGUUUUACGGUGGCUGGAUAUUGCACAAGUUAAGGCCAAAGAAAGAAUUAAAAAAGCAGUUGAAAUUGACAAGAUCUUGAGGAUUGAUGCAAGUGUUAGUCAUUCAACUUCAGCCAUCGAUGGAGUUGGUUGCUUUCACCAGAUUCGAGAAUUCUGGAGAAAGUUGGAUUGGCCAGACCCAUCUGGAUCAUAUGUGUUUGUCAUGCAAAUCACCGACCAAAUUUGUAGCAGUGGAUCAUACUAUGCGGAUCUUCUGUUCGAAAAGAUGAAUGAAAAUAACUAUUACGACAAGGAUUCUUCUCAGUUUGACGUCAGUGAACAGUUAUGCGUUACCUUGAAUAACAUUGAAUACAUGAGACUGUGGUUAUCGAAACUGCCUGAGAACAUAGGCUGGGAAGACGUCAUUAACGCUAUGAUAACAGCACAUGGCGAAAGAGGCGGAAAGCAUGCACGCUCAGCUCUGGAAAACAUGUUAUGUAGUGCAGACGAUGACAUGCUUAAUAAGAUUGCCGAUGCCAUUGAGCACAUUGGACAACGGAUGGGAGUCGAUAUCAAGAGAUUUGUUUUUCAGCUGUGCUGUGCGCCAGAAGACAUGCCAGCUGAAGAAGUUGUGGUUCCCCUACUUCAAUACUUGGACGAUGAUCUCAUGGUUCUGAAUACAAGCGUCUUCAAAUCAGUGUUUCACAGAAUUCUCCACUUCAUUUGGGAAAUAGUGAUUGAAAACUUUAGUAAUGGUAUUAAGGCCAACGGAGGGAGAACUGCGUCCUUUUACCAAAGACAAUGCGAAGCCCUUGAGAUAGUGCAGAGUUUUUUCCACGCCGAUGGAGUUGGGGUUCCUUUGGAACGUCUUCAGCUGGGAAAUUAUAAGGUUUUGGUUGAAACCCUCGCCUUACGCAAGAUGUCCACAACAGAGUUAAUCCAACACUACUUCGCCGAGAAGUGUGAAGAGCAGGAAACUGCCGAAGAGAAAUAUGGAGCUGUAACAUUUAAAGCUUUCUAUGAUUUUAAUAACCAGAAGCUUCAAGUUGAAGUGCUGAACGCAAAGAACCUUCCACCUCUAGAUACUAACGGGCUGUGUGAUCCGUAUGUGACUGUGGAGCUGUUGCCUGAAGAUUUCUUCGGAAAAGAGAUGAAAAAAACUGAAAUCAUCAAGAAUACUUUGUUUCCACUUUUCGACGAGCAGUUCGAUUUUGAUGUCGAACCAGAGUUGCUGAAAGAGACUGGUUCCUGUGUACAUUUCAUUGUUAUGGAUUAUGACGUAUUUUCAAAUGACGAUAUUGCUGGUCACGUGUAUUUCAACUUGAAUGAUGUCUGCGGUUUGCGGGAAGUCGUGGAAGGUGGCUUUUCUAACGUACCUCAACAAACACGGAAUAUCUUCCAUCCCAAGCCUGGGGGCCAGUACUUUGAAGUUCUCGAGUCACGGGACGACGGAAAGGCUCAACGGUUCGCGAAAGCAGAGACCGACUUGUACGAGAGGACAAUCAGCGCGCAUGCGUGAGGAACCAACCUGGCCAUGACAUAGCUUGAGUCUCCGUCUUGUUUAGAAUUUACGCUAUACAUCGUUGUUGAGCUAAUUAGGCCCGCUAAAUUUCUGAGGCAAACGAUUUCAAAUCAUGUUCGCCGAAGAGGUUGCAACAGUGAUACAUACUUUGAAAGAGACUAAGCAGAAUCGUGUGUAAAGUUUGUCUCAGUAGAUGGUUAACCGUUACCUCUCCAUGCGGUUUAUAUCAGUAGAUAGACUUACAUACAUAAAUUUGGUCAAUUAUUUGUGGUGAAAUAUGAUUUAUGAACUUGAUUAAUACCUAUUGUAAAAGCUAUAAGUUCCGCCACACUGAAUAAAAUAAACUGAUACAUUAGCUUAA